GAGAGAGAGAGAGAGAGAGAGAGAGAGAGAGAGAAGGAGACUACGUACAGUGAGCAGUUUAUCAUGUACCAUACAAGGUUAUACUGACGUGCAUUGCUUGUUUUGAAGGGAAAGACAACGAAAGUCAUCGGAAACGCAGUACAAUGCAGAACAAGUGACCAGUGGAAGAUAUGGUCAAUCUGUCAUAGUAACCGUGAAAAAACACUUACAACACAGACACUUAGGGAAGCAUUGGCGUUGUACCACAAAGGUGUUUCAUUGUGCAGUCUAAUCUCAUCCAAGAGACGAACACAGAAUACACAACAUGGAAAGAGGCGCGAUGGAUGUGAACGCAGAGAACAAUGGUGGUGGUGGUGGUGGAGGUGACGGCGGGAAGGAGGCUGAGAAGGCAGCGGUGGAGGGACGAGGCGAUGCGAGAGAAAAUUGUGGUGAGGAGCAGGACGAGGAGAGAACAAAGCCAGACAGUGCCCCGCUCUGCAAGUUCCGCGCACCUGACGGAGGCUGGGGCUGGAUGGUGGCCCUGGGUACCUUCAUCGUGAACACUUUGUAUUUCUCAUUACCGUUCUGCUUCGGCAUCAUGUUCUCCGGGUUCCUGGUUGGGAAUGGCGCCUCGUCCACCACCAUCGCCUGGAUCUACAACUUGUUCCUGGUGGUGUGGAACAUGUCUAUGAUCCUCGCCAACCCGCUGUGCCAGGAGUUUGGGACGCGCGCUGUGGGCUUCGCCAGUGUCCUGAUGGCGUCCAUCGCCAUUACGCUGUCUGGCUUUGCACCUUCUAUUUAUUUCCUGUACUUCUCAUUCUCCAUCUUAGCAGGCCUCAGCACCGGCCUCAGUGUGGGCAUUGCAUUCUCAGUCCUGCCGCCCUACUUCGACAAGAAGAGUGGCAAGGCCAACACCUUCCUGGUAGCUGGCGCACCAGUGACACAGAUGAUAUUCGCACCCUUCCUUCGCUACUUGCUUGACGAAUAUAGCCUCCAGGGCGCGACCUUAAUCCACGGGGCCAUCCUGCUCAAUGGCCUGGUUGCCAUGUCCUUCUUCCACCCCAUCAAGUGGCACUUGAAACCCUGUCUGUCGCAGGAGGCUCCGCAGACACAACAACAGGGUACACUGCUGGGCGAUAAAGCUUUCCCACAGGCGGACAGCGUGGCACCUGGAAGCACCCUGAGGGGGGUGAACCGCUCCGUGCAGAGGCUGCGAGGGUCCUUCAGCAGCAGCGCGUGGUCUGUGGCGUCCGGCGGGUCAGCAGAAGUCUCCACCGGAUUGGCUUUCUUGUUAGACGAGGCAGAAGAGGCGCCGCCAUCGGGUGUGAGGCUCCGUGGCAAGAAGGUAUCCAUGAUGUGGAGGACGCUGGUGCGUUGGAGGUGUGUCAUCCUGGCAGUGACGGUGGCACUCACACAGACAACCUUACUCAACUUCAUCAUGAUGCUUCCCUUUGUGGCCAAGGCCGCCCACUACAGCCUGCAGGACGCCGCCCGCUGCAUCGCGCUGAUGGGCAUCACCAACCUCGUCACUCGCCUGGUGGUGUCACCGCUCGCUGACUGCAGCAUGUUCAGCAUCCGCCUGUCCGUCAUGCUGGGCUACGUUCUCAGGGCGUCAGGCAUCGCAGUGGCUGUGGUGUUGUCCAGAGAGGUGUGGCAGCUGAUGGCGGCUGGCGUGGUGUAUGGCCUCGGUCUGGGCUUCUCCCUCAGCAUGUUCAACCUCUCCAUCGUCCACUACAUGGGCCUGGACAACCUCAGACCCACCAUUGGCAUCUUGGGGCUGGCGGGGGCUGUUGGCUUCCCCACCCUAGGCCCGCUUAUAGGGCUGAUCCGGGACCUGACGAGCAACUACGCCGUGAGCCUGUGUGUGAUGGUGGGCCUGGACCUGGUGAGCGCGGCUGUGUGGCUCCUCAUGCCCGCGGCACAGGCCAGGGACGCCAGGCGGCUGAGGAGGGAGGCGUGCGUCAUCAGUCACGUCAUUUGAGGCAACGCUGGACACUGCACACUAUUAUAGACACUGGACACUAUUAAAGACACUGGACACUGGACACUAUUAUAGACACUAGACACUGGACACUGUUAUAGACACUGGACACUGGACACUGUUAUAGACACUGGACACUGGACACUGUUAUAGACACUGGACACUGUUAUAGACACUGAGCAUUGGACACUAUUAUAGACACUGGACACUAUUAUAGACACAGGAUUCUCGACACUGGACACUAUCAUAGACACUGGACACUGGACACUAUUAUAGCCUUUUGGCUAAGAUCAAAGUGACACUGGACACUACAGACUCUGGACACUGGACACUACCUAUUAUAGACACUGGACACUAUAGACACUAGACAGCCAAUCUGUUGGUUUACGGCUGAACUGGACACUGUUAUAGACACUGGACAUUAUUAUAGACACAGAACACUGGACAUUUGACUCUGUUAUAGACACUGGCCAUUGGACAGGGAGUCUUGCCACAGACACAGAAGGGCGUUGAUAAUGUGUCCCUUUAUGACUCGUAGUACAGCAGUGACAGUGACACCAGGGGUUACUUCUGGGGCGGCCGCACCUCCACAGACUACACUCGACAAAUGGUACUAGCGUGAGAAGUUCUAAGAAACAUUUGGUCAAAAAGACACAAAUAACCUAGAAAAUUAUAAAAAUGGACUUGUUUAGUUCCAAAAGUAAGUAAAUAAUUUCCAAAUAUGAUGUAUCAUAUUUGGAAAUUGUCUCCUAAUUGAAAAGAACAAAAUUGAUUCAAUAAAGAACCGCCUUUGUGAGAGAGAGAGUGUGUGUGUGUGUGUGUGUGUGUGUGUGUGUGUGUGUGUGUGUGUGUGUGUGUGUUCAAUUUCAAAUAGUUUAUUGGCAUGAAAAACUCACAAUGUAUAUAUGCACUGUUGAAUCUCGAUAACUCGGACCCGUUUAACUCGGAUUUUGUGAUAAGUCGGACUCUAACCGACCAGGGACUAAAAUCCGAGUUGAACUGCCCGCCGCCUUUUUUUUUUUUUUUUUUUUUUUUUCUUCAAAUUUUUUAUUUUCACUUUUCUGUAUCUUAAUUUCUAUUGACAUUAUCAAAAUUUUAAUUCAAACAAAACGUUGCAUUUUUGUUGUAGUUAGAAUGAUAGCAAACAAAAGCUGAUCAGAAUUUAUACCAAUUUGGUAAAAAAAUUUGAAAUGUAGAAAAUGAUUCUUCGAGAUAUUCACUCCUAAAGAUUUUUUUUUUUUUUUUAUAAUUUCGUUCUUAUUUUGCUAUUUGUAUUCAUCUGAUUAACAUAGAAUUUUCGCAUAUGAUUGUGUAUACCAUGGUAACUUCCUGGAGCAUGGUAGGACGAUAAUGCAUGAAAUAUCUGCUUCUCUAGAAAAGUAUUAUUCACUCGUGCGUGAGGGUUUUGAAGAAGCCAGCAGCAGCGGUACGGCAAUCUGCCGUUUUACGAUUGAACUGUACACUCGCUGAGUCGUUAUUAGUGUGUUGAAGUGAGAUAAUGAUAAUGUGAAGUCAGCCACAGCUGUCUUGCAAUUAUAAGUUUGUUUCUUGUUGUCUUUUCCUGUUGAAGUUUUUUUUAUUCUAAUUCCCGUUAAUGUAUGCCUGUAAGGACGUUAUUUCUGAAAAAAAGUAGAGAGGUAAAGGACGCGCCUUCCCCUAUUGAGGCCUGGUCACGUAGUGUGUAGGGCUUGAGUCAUGCUAUGACGCACCCGCACGAGACAUUUUAAAAUGGCUUCCUGGUGAGAAGGGUACUUAAUUAUAGAAAAAAAAGUCAACUACACCAUCUGGUAAUUCAGGGUCUGAAGGUUUCUGAGAAACAACAGUAAUCCAAAAAAAGUUAAUCCCCGCCCAAAUUAAAUUAAUAAAUCCCUCCUAAGGUCCGAGUUGAACCGCCCAUCAUUUGUGUGUGUGUAUGUGUGUGUGUGUGUGUGUGUGUGUGUGUGUGUGUGUGUGUGUGGGUGGGGAGAGGAAUUCGUAUAAGUCGAACAUUCGCGUUUGUCGGACCAAUCUUUCCUCUAUUAGUCCGAGUUAGCGAGGGUCAACGUACAUACAUAAUCACAUAUCCUAUGGUCUGCAGAGAAAACUCUUUAGCAGACCAAAUGACUAAACAAGAUAAAAAAAAAAAAAAGUACUUCAUCCAUGUGGAACUUCACUGAAAAAAAGAGUAACAUUAUGCCCCGACUUACACACUUCGCAUAUACUUACAAGUAGGUAAUACAUUUGACAUAAAACUCUAACUACAUAUAAAUACAAAUACAUACAUACAUACAAACAUAUACACAUUUACACACAUACACAUAUAUAGCACAUUCCAGGUCUUAUUCUUAUAUGUGUAAACAUACACACAAUAUGUACCCAUACACCAUUAUACAAGGUGCUCGCAUGCAACACACUGGUACUGUAAAGUGUGAGAUUCCAUUUCAUGUGGUUGCUCAGCGAGAAAAUUCUUAUUUGUAUUUUUUUUUUCUUUUAAUAUUCAAAGUUACUCAGAGUACAUCCGUUUUGGUCAUGUUUUAUUUCAUUGGGUAUGGAGUUCCAGACGUGACAGGGCCAAAGCACAGAAGAGAAUCGCGAAACAGAGUUGUUGUAAAUGGUGGACGUAUCAGGUUCACUUGGUUCCUUCUGGUGUUAUGAGCAGGAUCUUGUAAUGUAAAAAUACUAUCAUUGCUAUUGAAUACAGUGAUCAAAAUGAAGUAUUUAUGUACAUAUGGAACUUGUAGUCAUCCUACGGUAGAGAGGAAAAUAAAUGUUUAGUUGAA